AUGUUGCCCUUUCGGGACGGAAGUCGUGUCUGUCGAGUGACACAAUCUCCAGUCGGGUACCUAUUGGAAAUGGCCACUUUGCACUUCAAUACAUUAACGCAACUUUUGACAAAACAUGCGAAAUUGGAAAGCAACGUCAAUCUACAGGAUAGGGAAGCAUGCAACGCAGCACUAAAGCAAGUCCAGAAUGCUAUAGUGGAGAUUAAAACCCUUCAAGCAAUCUUUGAAGGAACCUUAUACGGAUUCACGGACAAAGUGGACAAAAUAUCGGAACCCCUCACCAAGGAAGAAGAGGAUAAAAUGUCCGAAUAUAUUGCUAACGCAGAGGGACUUAUCGCCAGUACUUCUGACCUGCUUCUUAAGUUGGAAAUGACCAGAGCUAGUCUAGCGUCUCAUAACCCUACAUCUCCAACACAUAUUGGAUCUCAUCCUUCACUAAAAAUUUCUGCAGCCAAGAUAGAACUGUCGAGGAUACCAAUACCGGAGUUCAACGGCAAAAGCUGGCAAUGGGACAGCUUCUGGGAGCUACUCAACGCUACGGUGUAUUAUCUACCGCUUUCCAAUUUGCAAAAAUUCAACUCCCUUUUGAGAGCAUUAAAAGGAAAAGCCCGUGAAUCAGUAACUCGUUUUCAAAUCACUUCUGAAAACUAUCUACUAGCAGUACAGCAUUUGAAGGAGAGAUGCGGCAACGUCCAGAAUAUAAUCACUGGACUACAUCGACAGCUAGAGCAUUGCAGUGCUAGGAGCCCACAAAUAAGGGACCAGCGAAAACUGCAUGAUCAACUGUCGGCAAUUACCACACAACUCGAAAGCAAAGGCGAACCUCUCGAUAGUCCAUGGCUGCCAUCAAAAUUUCUUUCUAAAUUUACAGAAAGGAUUCAACGCAGCACGCUUAAAAAACUCUCUCUCUGCCCCAAUUAG